AUGGAUCCUAAAAAACUAAUAGAUGAUUUAAAUGAUAUCUUAUUGAGUGAAUUCUAUCGUUUUAAGGAGAUUUUAGGGAGAGGAAGUUUUGGUGUUGUCAUUGCUGCUUAUAGUUCCUAAUUAGAUAAAAUAGUGGCUAUAAAAGUAAAUAUUGUUUAAAAAUUUAAGGUUACUGCUCAUUUUUAGUAAGAUAUAGAGUCAUAUCUAUUGUAAGAGUGUUCUCAUCCAAAUAUAGUUUAAUUCUAUAGAGUGUUGUAUGCAAAUCACAAAAUUUAUUUGAUAAUGGAGAAGCUCAAUGGAUAAACAUUAGAUGUAGUGAUGAGACAGAGAAAUUUAAAUGAAAUUUAGGUCAGAUACAUCAUGCAUUAAUUAUUAAAUGCAUUAGUAUUUCUACAUCACAAAGGAAUAAUACAUAGAGACUUGAAGCCAUGUAAAUAUUGUAAUUAAUGUAAAAAAUAUCUUUUUAUGUGCCAAUAACUAGGUUAAAUUGAUAGAUUUGGGAUUGAGCUACUAGAUCUUUUGUAGAGGCAUUAUUGGCCAAUAAAUUGGUACUCCUUUAUACAUAGCACCUGAAAUGAUAAAUGGUGGAGAAUAAACAUAGGCAGUUGACAUAUUUUCAUUGGGUAUUAUCUAUUUUUAGAUGAUGUGUAAUAAUAAGCAUCCUAUUUGGUAUGAAGGGUUAUCAAAGAAAGAUUAUUAUUAAAUAAUCUCCUAAGACUUUACUUUAACUUAUCCUGAGAAUCUUUCUGAGUAAAUAAUUUAUCAACAGUAGAAUGUCCUAGGAUUUCAUAAAAAACACAUUAUGUCCUAAUCAUUUUGAUAGAAUGUCAGCUGAACAAUGUCUAGAGCAUCCUUGGAUGUUAGGAGAACAGAUUAAAUCACAUCCAAUUAGUAAUAGAGAGAUUAUCAUGAGAUAUUCAUUUACUAAGAAAUUCAUAAUAGUAAAUAUUUAAAUUUUUCAAUAUCACUUUAUAGAUAAUAUAAGCUUUGAAAUUAAUCAAGUUUCUAAGUGAUUUUUCUUAAAAGGAAGGGAUUUAAUUGAAAACAUAAGAUUCAGAUGGAAUUAAUGAAAUGCUUGGAAAUGAUCAUAUUCAAAUGCCUGCUCAAGCUCGAACUGAAACCAAUAUUAAUCUAAAUCAUUAAAAAAUCUAGAAUUCUUAGAGACGGCAGACACUUAGGAAAACUACAUCUCAUUAAGACUUGUCAAUUAUAAAGAAUAGAUAAUUAAAUAAAUAAAGUAAUUAUAAAUAAAUAUAAAUUAGCCUUAUCGAAUAAAUAUAUAACCUAAUUGUUUAUACAUCUAUCAAUGCCAAAAGGGAGCAAUUUAAAUAAAAGGGAUAUUCAUUUACCUAACAUCUCAGCCCAUUAAAUUAAAUAAUCAAAUUUCAAUGUUAAGUAAUCAUGAUUUUACACAAUUAAUUAUAAUUAUAAUUGUAAUGAGUUAAAUAAUCAAUUUAAGCAAUAUUAUAAAAUAAGAGGAAUUCAAACAAUCUAAAAUAUAGGGCGUAACUAAGACUAUAUGCAAACUGAGUAUUUUCAUCAAUUUAAUUAGAAUAAUCAAAUCAUUAAAAUGUUUAGAUCUCAAAGAAAAUCAUACUUCCAAUACUUUCAAUAUCUAGACCAAUAUCCACUGUUAUUAAAUCCUCAGUUGAAUUGAAAUUAGCUUUAUAGUGUCCUUAGGAAAGAUGUUUAGGAUCCUUAUGUGAAAAUCCUUGCACUUACAAUUAUAAAGUUUGUAGAGUUGAUUAAAAACAUGAUCUUUUUAUCUUUUCUCUUUAACAAUACGACAGACAUUAAUAUACUAAAUAGCAAAUUUGCUAAAUUAUUCAAAAUAUGAAUGAUCAAUAUAGCUCAUAAGCAUUAGAAUGUGUUGAAUAGAGAUUUAAAAUUCUAGACAAUUUCUAACUAUAAACAUUAAUAUCAGACAAUGAAUUAAUUGAAUUUGAAUAAUCCCUCCACAAAUAUCCUUUUUAAUGCACUCUAUAAAAUGUUAAUCCUAAUAAUAGUAUUCUAUCAUCUAGAAUUAUUAAUCAAAAACUCUUAGAUCUUAUGGGAAUUACUAAAGAUAUGAUGUUCGAUCAUCUCAAAGAAACAUAAGCAUUACCAACUAUAUUCAAUCAUGAUGGUUCUUUAAAAAAUUGGUGUGAACUGGCUUAAUAUUCAGUUGAAGGUAGAGAAUUCUUUGAUUAUUAUUUGAACACUUAUGAAGGUUCACAAUUUAGGUCAAAGGUUUAAUAAAAAUAAAUUUUUAAAUCCUCUCCCUUUGAUCCAAAUUAAAUUAUAUUUAUUGAAUUUAGAAUCAUACAUGCAGAUCCUAAAUUAUUAAAAAAUCUUUGUAAUUCUGCUAGAAUCCUUAAAAAUCAUGCAGAAUAUUUCAAUCUGAAAAAUAGUGACAUAAUUUUAAACUAAUUCAAACAGAAAACAAAAUAUUUAGAUGCCAAAAAUUAUUAGAUUACUAAGCCUUGUGGCUAUAAAAAUAUUGAUCAAAUUUUUCAAUCUUGA